AUUUGCACUAGAUAUCGUCACGUCAUUCAGUACUUGCCAAUAUCAAAUAUUUAUUUGGGUCACUGUACCUUCUAAAGUAGAUACCUACCCACCUGACUUUGGCCAACAGAGCAGCGUUGAGGCUGUAUGUCAUCGACUGAAAUCAGUUUACCGGUACAUCCACUACCUUCCCCGACCUGCGUUGGCUAGCAGCGGCCUCGUGAUGAGUGGGGCGGCCCCAACCAACACCAAAUAUCCGCGUCGCCCUGCGAUCGUUGUUUGUCGCGCGCCAAAACCAACUAACCUUUGGUGGCUCAUGCCAUUUCUUCUCUGACGUUUUUUUCACCGGUCUGACGGCUCCGCUUGGCAGCCAGCCACGGUCGAUCGGGUGAAAUGCCCUACCAGACCAAACUAAUACUCUUUAGGUCUUUUCUGCGAGAAAAAAAGCGGCAAAACAACACCAUCAACACUGAAUCCUGAUUACCAAUGCCGUCAAAGAAGACAGACGAAGACCGUUGACAGACCACGCUACGCUUUUGGUUCCCGCAACCACGUUUAGUUCACCGGGCCAAAAGCAGGAAAGGAAUAAACGCUCCGACGAUCACGAGGAGCGGCGUUUCCGCACAACGUUGUUUCGACCACAAGCUAGCCUCGUUUGCACUACUUUUUUACCUUUUGACCUAGGUACCUACCGGUAUUUACCACCUAGCUAAACCAUAUUCGCGCGUUUUCUCCAGAGCGUAGCUUGUCCGCACCUGCUACUUCGUACUCUACUUGAUGCCGUCGCCAACGAGCGUUGGCAGUCCUUCUGAUCCUCAUCCUGCGCCUGUCACUUUAUUGUCAGAAUCGUCCGUGCUCAUCCAGUCUGCUACGUUUAUGAAAAAGCACCGCGACAGCUAGGGCGCAUACAAUAAUAGCGAGCAAGCCACCGGACUAGGUCGAGAAGGCGGACGCCAGUCUACGCGCAGAAUGCUCCCUCCUGCCCUCCAAGUUAAGUACUUCCGAUGAGCAGCCGGCCCGUAGUUGGCUACAUCCCUCAUUUAUGCGUUCAUCCGGUCAAGCUGCUCUAUACUUUAACCUUAACGGGAAUCGGCACUCGAGGCGCGCUUGUGUGUUAGCGCCUUAUCUAGACUAGUUCAACGUUGGAUCAACUAGAGAAACUACUCCACGUAGGUACCUAGGUAAGUAGGUAAGUGAGAAAAAGAUAGACAGAGGCGAGCAGCCCACAUACUGUAUUCUAACCCGGCAUCCACGUCUUGACUUCUACAUACCCAGCUUGCUAGGUAGGUACCGUUGUUGUGGUAGCUUUUUUGAUGCGUUGCGGUUGCCAACAACGUUGCACUGCAGUAUUUGCCAAAUGCGGUAGUCGGCUGUGCACCGCCAACGCCGAGCAAUACAGUACAUUCAUUCACAGCCCAUCUUACCCCUGCAUCUUACCCCUUCCUCAACUCGUCGACAAAAUAGAUAUUGCGAUCUUGGUUAUCUGGACCCACAGACCAAAGUCCAGUCAGCCUUGAGAGCUACAGGUGCUUUAAGUAAGGCACCUUACCUACCUACAGGAUAGUAUUAGCACGGCAAUACAGAACUGGCAGGGUACCUGGUGCAUCCACAGAGAGAUCUUGCACCCACCCAUAAUAACCUAAGGUACCUGGAAACACCCCUUGCAAAACCAGAGCUUAACCCAGGAACAAGCUAUCCCCCACUCGGCUGUGUCUACUCUGCCCUUAUCUCCGCUUUAUGCUCUCCCUGUUCCUGUCUGUUUCUACUCUAUCGUUUGUCCAGACCUCUCCUCACCACAUCUCCCGUCGUCGGUCUCUCUUGACGCGUCUAGCCAGGCCCAAGUCCUUAAACAUUACAUCAAUGCAACCAAUACAAAGGGCUUCAGACAGACCUAAGGGCAGGUCAGUGCUAGUUGAUGGUGGUGGUUAUGGUGUCAAGGAGAUCGGCCAGCAUGCCCCGAACAGGUACUAGAAUAUUUCUUAUCUCCGUGGCAGGUGGCUGCAGUCCGAUGCGCGUGGGCCGUAGCAUUCCAGCUCGAGGCUCUACUGAUUUUCCCAUAUAGCCCCUCGUCCGUAUUGCACACCAGGGUAUGCCUCUUCCGUACUCAUUUUCAUUAUUUCCUUGUUCCGGGGUGUCUUUCAACUGCUUAAGCACACCCCUCUACCCCUACUGCAGUCUUUCCCAUGUCCUUUCCUGUCUUUCACCCCGCUGUUACCUCUGACAUCUAUCUCGAGUAUAACUAUUCAGGUCUUCCCUCCCAUCGUCAGGAUUCCAACUCCCCUCAUUCUCCCCAUAAUCAUCAUCAUAAUUGGCUCCCGAGAACAAGCACGUUAUUCUCAUAUCUGGCUUUUAACAAAAACCACUGUCUUCUACUCUGUUCCUCUCAGCGGAAGCCAGUCAUACCAUCGUAAACAUGGAUCAUUACUACUCCAGUGUAAAGUACGAACCGGGAAGCGAUAUGAACAGCAGCUACUCCAGUGUCGCGUCCUCAGACUUUUCAGGGAGUCCAGCAUCAACCCGUACUUCGGCCACAUCUGACUCGUGUAUAUCACCGCCAUCACGACCCAUGUCCUCUAUUCAAUAUGGCAUCUCAGGAAUCCACUUGAAUAUGUCACCACAGGCUCCCCUCUACGCUGAGGACUAUGUUCAUGUGCCCCCGCCCAUUACUCAGGGCUACCUACAUGUCACUCACGACUACGCACAAAUCCCUUCCCAGAGCAAUGGAGGAAGCUACAACGGCCCACAAUACAGAGACAACUGUCCAGCCCCGGGGUAUUUUCCUCUCCACCACAGCCUGCCCGAGUUCUCAACAUCUGCUCCUUUUAUAGCGGCAAACCACGGCUAUCACGCUAGGGGUACAGAGUCGCCAUCAGCCAUGUCCAUAUGGUCUUGCGACGGCGCCGCUACUCCUGCAUUCUUCGAUAGCCCCUGUCCUUCUCCAGUCUCUAUGGCUGCACAUGCCUCAGUGUCCCCGACACCGACACCUUCGCCUAGGGCUUUGGUUCACAGACGGCAGAGGAGGAGAGUCUCGCCCAACAGCACCCGGGGUGGGACGACAAGGCGUGUGGCUACAGCCCACGGGCUCGAAGUCGAAGUCACUGCCUUUCCCAAAAGUAGAUUUCCCUGCACGUUCUCAGGCUGUGGGCGCACCUAUGCCCGGCCAGAGCAUCUGAAGCGCCACGAGAAAAUCCAUGAUGACGACGCCCAAACCUUCACCUGCGAGAUGUGCCUCGACCUCAUGCCUGCGGAAAAGGUCCACAGAGUGAAAACCCGCUUGGACAACUUCAUCAUGCAUGUCAAGAACCACACUGAUAUCAAGGGGCAUAAAACGUCGGCCUCGAGGACAAAAUAUCACCCAGGCGCGCUAGCAUACCUUCGAUCCCUUGAGGCUCAGCAGAAGAACAGGGGACGGGGCACCAAGAAGUCGGAGCACCUUUGCAAAUUAUAAUCAGCGGAUCAGCGGAUUGGCAAGCAUAGACUGCGUUGUUGAAACAAGGUGGUUGUGAGCACACAUAAGGAUUGGUUCUCUACCAAGGCAUGGCAGCAAACGAGAUGGGAAUCAUGGGAUAUUGCUUGGUUCCAUUUGGGAGUUUUCAGGAGUCAUAUUGGCAUUACACUAUGGGUGAUAAUCUUGCUUGUCAUGUCUGCCGCGACCUCCAGUUUGAACAUUCGGAGGCUUUGCACUGGCUUUUGUUUCUUUUUUUCCCAGUUUGUCUUCAUAUCUUGUAUUUUCUAGUGCAAAUCUACUUGUAUGCUUUGAACAGUUCAGAAAAUCAUAUACUGCAUAGAUCUGG